AAAAAAAAAAGUUACCCUUCAGUGCCAUUUGAUCUGAAUUCAUAGCCUCGAAUAAUCCAUUACUCGUAUACAACAUGCCUUCCGUGGACGAACUGAUCUCGUCCAUCAAGGCCAAGUCCAACUCCAAUUCAUUCCUGUCGCAAGCAAAGAAAAGAAAGAGCGAAGGAACUUCAUUAGUGGAAAAGAAGAAAUCUCGAACAAUACCAGCGAAGAAUGAAAUUAGCGAGAAUGAUCUCUUGAAGAAGCUCAACAAAUUUGGAGAACAGUUUAUGCAAUCGGUCGACACCAGCUCAAAGAAGACACCCAAGAAGGCGAAGAAGGUAGUUGAGAAAAUGGAAGUCGCACCUGUGGAUUCAGAGCUUCCUGUAUUUCCUGAUGAGGAUUUGGAAGCCUUUGAGGAUGAAGAUGAAAUAGAUCAAUUGUUUGGCUUAGCCAACGGGCAAACUGUACAAGAAGAAGAGACAAGCCAUUCGACAAAGUCAAAAGGACCAGAAGUUGUGGUCUUUGCUGAAGCGGUCAAAAAGACAAUAACAGGGUCCUCUAAAGCAGAUUAUAGGGCGUUCAUGUCAUCGAAGGUCGCCAAGAUGGAAGCUCCUCCACCGCCGCCACCUAAAUCAGUCAAAGAAAUGGAAGAAGAAGAGGAAAAUUUGGCUCAUGAUCGUGAAUUGAAAGAAUUAUUGGCUACAUCCAAGCUACUAGAAGAAUAUGAAAUGGAGGAGAUGUCCGGCAAAGAACGACGAAAAUUCAACAUGAACAAAUUAGAAAGUCUAGGUGUUAAGAAAUCUAAACCUGAGCAGCGACCAAUAGCGAUGAGACUGGGCAUGGAAAAGAAACAGAAGGAACGUGAUGAAAAGAAGUUACAGCACGCCAAGAACAUUGGAAUGUACGACAAGUCUAUGAAGCAUCUCUAUGCUGCAGCCUCCAAGCCUAAAGAACGCAAACGACGAGACAGAGGUAUCGACAGCGGUAUUGGCAAAAUGCAGGGAUCAACACUCACGCUGAGCAAGACCGAGAUCAAACGCGUUAACCGACAAGACAUGAAGCUCAAAGCUAUCAAACGAAAAGGAAAAGGAAAAGGCAGUAGUGGAGGCAGCAAGGGCGGCGGCAGCAAAGGUGGCAGCAAGAAAAAAGGAUUCAGCGGUGGUGGCAAAAAAGGCAAACGCUGAGGUCUGUGACAGCCAAAUUUUCCGGAUAUUUGAGUUGCUGGUGUCGUUGCGUUGACAAUGCAACUCUCAUGACAGAAACACCAUCAACCACUAGAAAACUACAUAUUUUGGUCGGCGCUACUGGGAGUGUGGCCAGCAUUAAG